AUCAAAUGCGUUAAAAAUUUCGGCCAAUUCUGUUUAUGGUGAAACUGGUUAUCUCUUCUCUCCAUUCUAUCGAAAGACGAUUGCUUCAUCUGUCACUGCGUUUUCACGUGAAACGAUUAAAAAAGUAAUCACUUUCUUGGAAUCAAAACAAUGCAAUAUUAUAUAUGGUGAUACCGAUUCGGUUUUCUUUACGAUUCCAGAAACUCAUUUCUCUGAAAUCGAUUCUCUCUAUUCUUAUGAUAAACAACUCCACUACUCAGAAUCUAUAAAAAAAUCCAUAGAAUUCACAAAACAGAUCACACCUGCAGUUAACUCUUUUAUGGAGCAGGAAACGGGGUUUCCGUUUAUGAAAAUGGCAUAUGAAAAAGUCCUUCAUCCUUCUCUUUUUCUCUAUAAAAAACAAUAUG